CGUCGCGCGAGCGAUACAGAGGCCGCGGAGGUGCCGGAAUGCGUUGAGCUUGUGCUAAAAUAUAAUAUAUUCAGGAUCCGCGCAGGGAAACCUGACAUCUGCACAUUUUCAGAAUCACACUGCACGUGAUAUUAGCCGGUGAAAAGGCUUCCACCCUUACAGUUUCAAAUUACGUUCAAUCAGAAUUACAGUCUGUGCUUCGUUCUGUCGCUCCACCUUACUCGGUUGCAACAGGUUAGUGUUGUGGCCUGCUGGUGACCCCAAACCGAUGUGACAAACGCUUGCUUCCAGCCGAUCGGGAAACUGGGUAAAGCCGCCAUGUCCCACAGAAAUUCCUACAGCUCCACGGCGAACCAGUCUCUCCUCCUUCCGGAGAGUCGUUUCAGCUCAGUCCUCCAGCUGGACCAGCCAUCUGGGCGUUCAUCCUCAAGCAUCGACCUGUCCAGAAUGGAAUCCCCAGAGGAUGAGCGGAGAAACGUAGUGCUCAGCACCCAGAGCGAAGCGGCUCGCAGGCAGGGCACCCAGCAGCUCAUCCCCAAGAACUUGGCCGUGAGCAGCCGGCCAAAAAACCGCCACCACACCACGGUGGUCACCCUCCCCGUCAGACUGCAGGUCACAGACGUCUCUUGGGAGGACUAUGACAGCGAUUCGGGUGAUGGCUUUUCGCUGAGGAGAAAUCGCAGGAAUAAGUCGUAUCGUGCUGCCGUCACUAGUUUGAAUCUUGACGCUUUGCCAAGUGAACUCCAAACAGAAAUGCUGACACCGGUCAGUGAUGAGAAGCCGGUCAACCGAAAGGAAGCGCAGAAAUCGGGGCGCAAGAGAACAUUGGGGAGAAACAGGAACAGGAAGCAUGCUGGCUCAUUUAAAGAUGAGCCACGGUUUUACCAGGAGAUCAAGGAGCGAGGCUUGAAUGCCAGCAACCUGAGCACAGAGGACGAUGAGUUCUCUCCCACCGAGCCUCCGGAGGAGGAUCAGAGCAUCGUGGUGAAGAACUACAGGGCAGCGUACAUGACAUGGAGUCAGCUGCCUCAGGUGAAAGAUUUGGGCAUUUUGGAUAUCAUCUCCCCUGAAGAACGCAAAAGACAAGAAGCCAUCUUUGAAAUCCUUACAUCGGAAUAUUCUUACCAGCACAGUUUAAGUAUCCUGGUGACUCAUUUUAAAGACAGUACAGAUUUGAAAAAGAUCAUGACAACAACAGAACACCAUCAUCUGUUCUCCAACAUAUCCGUCAUCCAGGACGUCAGCAAACGGUUUUUUGAGGAUCUGGAUGCACGUCACCAAAAACAUCCUGUCAUCAAGGACAUUAGUGAUAUAGUGAAUAAAUAUGCGACUCAACAUUUCGAGCCAUACAUUGUAUACUGCUCCAAUGAGACCUUCCAGCAGAGAACGCUCCAGAAACUGCAGUCAGGUAACAAUGCUUUUCGAGAAACUCUGAAGCGGAUUGAAGGCAGUGAAGCAUGUGGAGGUUUGCCCAUGAUCUCCUUCCUCAUCUUACCCAUGCAGAGAAUCACUCGGCUGCCACUUCUUUUGGAUACCAUCUGUCAGAAGACCCCUAAAGAGACCGCGGAGUACUUUGCUGCCUGUUGGGCUUUUAAAGCUAUCAGUAAGCUGGUGAAGUGCUGUAACGAUGGUGCACGGAAGAUGGAGCGGACGGAGCAGAUGUACACCAUCCAGCAACAGAUGGAGUUCGGCAAAAUCAAGCCUUUCCCGCUAGUGUCGUCAUCUCGCUGGCUGAAGAAGAGCGGUGAGCUGGCGGUAUACACUGAUGAUCUCAGCAUUUUCCGGAAGGCUAUCAGCAUUAAGAGCUACUAUCUGUUUCUCUUCAAUGAUGUGCUCAUCGUCACCAAGAAAAAGAGCGAGGAGAGUUAUGUUGUGUUGGACUAUGCCAUUGUGGACAAGGUUGUGAUGGAAACGGAAAUGACGGACUCCAAACUCAACCUGAAGCUGCUGAUGAAUCCCAACAACGAGCAGAUGAUUCUUGUGGCAGAAAGCAAGCUGGACAGAGCUCGAUGGGUCACUGCACUUCAUGAUGUCCAAAAAAGCAAGAGCAUCUCUAACGAUGACCUGCCUCAAUAUGAAGCUACUAAAGCAUAUAUGCCAAAAUCAUCAGAUGAGCUGAGCCUGCAGCAGGCAGAACUGGUCGUCGUUUUACAAGAAGUGGAAGGCUGGUGUCAUGGAGAACGGAUGAGAGAUGGAGAGAGGGGCUGGUUUCCUGCCAACUGUGCCACUCAGAUCACGAACCGCACAGCCAAGGAGAACAACAAACAGCGAAUGGAACGACUGCGCAAGGAGACCGACGUCUGAGCAGACUCAUGAUACACUGAAGGAGAUUGAGUUCUGUGUUUUUGUCUGUUUUAAACAAGCAUAAAUAGCAACUUGAAUUAGAACUGCAGACCUCACGAACUGUUAGUGCACAUCAAAUACCACACGUACUAGAGGAACUGUUUCUGGUUUUAUUUCAGCUUGCCUUUGUUAAAAUUCAUGUUUGGAUACAUAAAAAGUUAUUUAAAAAUGUCAAACUGACCAGAUAUCAAAUUACUCUUAAAAACCAUUUGGUGUAAAAACUUAAGACCGAUUUAGAAAAACAUCUGCUGUUUCCCCAAAAUUUUUUAGCUGUCACAUAAAAAUAAUGGAAAAAGAAAACAGGUCUGCAUAGAGUCUGCAGGCAAUUGGUGGUAAUCUGGUCGAAAUGCAUUUUUGCAAGCUUAGACGAUUGAAGUCAUAUGUUUCUUAUUGCUCAGAUCUUGGAUGUUUCUGCUUGACAAAACUGCAAAUGCAAACAAACAAAAAAAAAGGUUAGCAUGUUUAAAGUGACUCCUAAAAUCUAUUAAUCAGUAGCAUAAGCACAACAGUGUGCCAAACUGUCUGCUAAAUCAAAUCCACAGCAUUAUCAUCUCGCCUUUCAUCAAUGAAAAGUGCAAACUGAAGCUGAAACGCAUCCAUUAUUUACAGAGUCCAUCCCCUCCAAUUCUGCCUCCAUACAGUUGUGCACCGAUAACACAAUUCAAAUAAGCAAACUUUGGGAAAAUAACCAUACAUACCCCCCCCAAAAAAGCACAACCAAGUCAUAGCUCAUUCUAAAGUAAAUUUUGAAUAGAUUUUGUAGUUAGGAGAAACGAAAAAUACAAUUUUACAAUGUAAUGUAUACAACAAAAUGUUAAUUAUGAAAACGACGGCAAGGCAAAAUAAAAGCGUAAUGCUUAAGUUUUAUUUUCCUUUUAUUAAAAAACAAA